GCAGCGCCGCUUCCGUCCGUCAGUCUUUGGACUUGUCCGUCCCACGCCGGGUUGUGGUGACCUUCUUGUCCUCCUGUGUCUUCAGGCUGUCUCCGCCUGAGUCUCCGUGUCUUCGUGUCUCUUCAGUCGCAGCCGGCGGUCAUGGAGUGUCGUGUGCUGUCCAUUCAGAGUCACGUUGUCAGGGGAUACGUCGGGAACAAGUCGGCGUCAUUUCCUCUGCAGGUGCUGGGCUUUGAAGUGGACUCUAUCAACUCCGUCCAGUUCUCCAAUCACACAGGCUACGCCCACUGGAAGGGACAAGUGCUGACAGCAGAGGAGCUGAUCGUACUGUAUGAGGGCAUCAAGCUCAACGAGGUGAACCACUAUGACUACAUCCUCACAGGUUACAGCAGGGACACGUCCUUCCUGGGAACGGUGGUUGAUAUUAUUCAGGAGCUGAAGCAAGCCAAUCCGAGCCUUGUAUAUGUUUGUGAUCCUGUUAUGGGCGACCAAGGUGCUAUGUAUGUUCCAGAGGAACUUUUGCCAGUCUACAGAGACAAAGUAGUGCCUUUGGCUGACAUCCUCACCCCCAACCAGUUUGAAGCAGAGCUAUUAACUGGGAGGAAAAUCAAAACAGAGGAAGACGCUCUUGAGGUGAUGGAGCUUCUUCAUAAAAUGGGGCCGGACACUGUGGUCCUCACUAGUACGGACCUGCCCUCAAAACUUGGGGACCAGUUCCUUGUGGCCCUUGGGAGCCAAAAAAUAGUGAAACCAGAUGGGACCAAGACCACUCAGAAAAUCUGCAUGGACAUCCCCAAAGUCGAUGCUGUAUUUGUGGGGACAGGAGACCUUUUUGCCGCCAUGUUGCUUGCCUGGACUCACCUUCACCCGAAGGACCUGAAGGCCGCCUGUGACAAGACUUUAUCAGUGAUGCACCAUGUCAUUAAGAGGACCAUUGCUUACGCCAAUGAGGUCGCUGGUCCGGGGAAAAGGCCCAGUGCUGCACAACUGGAGCUGAGAAUGGUUCAGAGCAAAGCCGACAUCGAGAAUCCUGCCAUCGUAGUGGAAGCAAAGGUUUUAGAAAAGUCCUCUCAAUGAAGGCAGUAGCAUUGUGUGUGUGAACAUUCACAUCAUGCUGGUACGAAUCAGUUUAGAGUCUGAGCGCCCCGCCAGACACAUGUAGGAUUUUCACAUCAAAGACUGUCACAUGUCUCUGCCUUACUCUCUGAGGGAGUACUACUAUGUUUCGGGCUCAGAAGGAUUUGUUGUAUGCACAUACUGGAAUCACUGCCAUGUGUCUGUACUAUGGCCUUUUUAGAUGGUACCUACUAUGAUCAAGAUUAUUUUGUGCGAUUAAAACAUUUCAUCUUGUUUAAAGGUUCAGUGUGUAAGAUUCAGUGACAUCUAGUGGUGAAGUGUCAUGCUGCAGCUGAAUACCCCUGCCCUAGGUUUACAUGUUUAGAUUUUACAGUCUGGGCUACUCUAAAAACAUGGUGGCCUCCAUAGAGAGAGCCCACUCAUGAUAUAAAUACAUAUGUAUAUAUACGUAUGUAAAUAUAAAGGGCCCAUUCUGGGGUAAUGAAAACAACAAUUCGUACAAUUUAGAUGAAACACACUAAUGAAAACAUCACGAGGAUUAUUUUAUAUUCAGUUUCAGCCAAAAGGUCCCUUUCCCCUAAAUCUUACACACUGACCCUUUAAGCUGAGGAGAAAAUACACAACUCCAGUCUACUUGUUGUGGUUAGGAUAGCCUUCAUAACAUGUACUUAAAGUGGGAUGCUCACAAGGCAUUAUAAGCACAGCCGUGAACUAUUAACAUAUUAUCAAAAACAUGUGUUAGGUCAGAAGUAAUACACUAGGCAGAAGCAAAGAGGUCUCUGUUUCCUGGUGGGGAAGGAACAAAUGGUAAAUAUACCAACCAUUCUAAUCAUAGUGAUGAUGUCAGUUAUUUUACCGCAUUGUGACUUCUCUGAAAUCUUGAUGAAGAUAUGAACGCAUGCAGUGUGCUUAUAUUGCACUUGGGUGUUUAUCAUGCACUUUAAGUCCUUAUACAUGUAAGAUUGGAUGCAAUUGCCAAAAUAUGAAUUAACAGUUACAUGAUUUCAAACUUAUUUUUGUAGUGCAAUAUCUUUUCCAUGGUUACCAUUAAAAUACAGUGUCUGUAAUUGCUGAGGUAAUGUAACUUCCAUCUCAUGCAAUGAGUAUGUAGUCUUUAAAGUUUUAAUUAACCCAAAUUAUGUGACUUUGUUUUGUUUUAGAGAAAUCGUUACUUUACUGAUAUUCACGAAUCUAGUUGUCUAAGAUUUUUUCAAACUGUUGUUCACCACCUUUUUUAAAUUAUGCAAUGCUUUCUUGAACUAUAGGGGAUGUGUUACAUGUUAGUUUCAUGUCUUAAGCAUCUCAAAUUGAGGUAUUUGCACAGAUAAUCUUUAAAAUAUUUAGUUAUUUUCAUGUUUGACUAUUUGUCAUAUCUCAAGAACAGAGUCGGUUAUGUGAGACCUUGCUGUGUAAUAGCCUUAACAGGGUUAUGAAGGAGAAAGAAAACAUUGGUUGUGAAUGUUUUUUGUGUCCAAAUAGCUGAUCUCCAACAACACAUAAUAUUAGAAAGUCAAGUGCCAAUCUUGAACUGCUGCUCUUAUCUAGAUGAAUAUAAGAACAAGAAUA